GACAGCGCCCGCCCCGCCACCCGCCCUGGAGCACCGGCCCCGGUGCUGAGCGGAAGCUCCAGCGGCAAGAACGCCCUGCGGAUGCCUCGCCGGCCGGACAUGUGAGGACAGCAGGGAGCCGGAGCCCGGGCCGCGCUCGGGAGGCGUGGGAGCCCGGAGCGGGCGGGCAGGUCGGGCCGCUCCCUCACGUCGGGGUUCCGCCGAGACGUGCCGUCCCCGCCCCGCGCCUUGCGGAGACGUGCCCGCACCUCCCCAGGCUCCUGCCGGGCUCGGGAGACGCAGCUGGCCCCGGGGGCGCGGCGGAAAGGAAACUCCCGCAGGGGAUCCUCCGAGGGGACGGAGAAGCGGGCUUUGACAGGUGCCCAAACAUUUAGCCGGAAGCAAAGCCUUGGGAGAGGACUUUCCAAGGGGCUAGAGAAAAAGGAAGACUUAGGAAGUUGGCGUCUCAGGUGUAAAAGUGACGGGAAUGCAGGAACUGGAAUUCAGCACACGCGCCUCACGGGGAAGUUUCCUUUUAUUGCUUUAUUGAGAAAUUUCCUUUCUCAUGAGAAAUCUCCAAAAAGAAACCUUAGCUGGAAAUCAGGAUGCUCCCAGGAGGCCCCGAGCCAACUCUGGACCUCUAAGGAUUUCGUCAGAGCCUUACACUUGCUUUCCAAGCUGUUGGUCUACCAUAUUUCCUACAUGAGAGUGGCGGAUGUGCGUCUGUUUGUUGAAGCUUAUCCUGCGUGAGACACCAUUUGGUUCAGCUUCAUGAGGAGGUCACGAAUUGGGAUUUCAGGAGAAAAUGCUUUCAAAACAGACAGCAGCCCUGGGGACAGGAUGGGAGUCGAUGAAUAUGCAGCUGGAUGGGACAGAGCCUCGGGUGGAAAGGGGAAGCCAGGAGGAAGGACCAUGGAGAACGGCACCGGCGCCGCGGCCACUGGAGCACCUCUGCUGUGGCCGUGAAGACGAGCCACAGUCCCUUCAGAAGGCUCAGUCUGCUCCCUGGGUUCCUGCCAUUCCCCAGGAGGGGAGCACCGGAGACUGGGAGAUGGCAGCUGCACUUCUUGCAGCCGGAUCACAGGGCCUGGUAACCAUCAAAGAUGUAUCACUGUGCUUCUCUCAGGAAGAGUGGCGGAGCCUGGACCCCUCUCAGACAGACUUUUAUGGAGAAUACGUCAUGCAGGAAAACUGUGGAAUAGUGGUUUCUCUGAGAUUUCCAAUUCCCAAACUGGACAUGCUUUCUCAAGUAGAAGCAGGAGAAGAACAGUGGGUCCCUGAUGCCCAGGAUUUAGAGGAGAGAGACAUCCUCCGGGUCACAUAUACAGGAGAUGGAAGUGAACAGGAAGGGGACACCCCUGACCUGGAAGCAGAACCUCCCAGGAUGUUAUCCAGUGUGUCUGAAGAUACUGUUCUCUGGAACCCGGAGCGGGAUGAAAGCUGGGAUUCCACACCCGGGAGCUCCAGAGGGCUGCUCCUGGGCCCACCUUUUCUUCAGGAAGAUAGCUUCUCAAACCUCCUGUGUAAUCCAGAGAUGGACUCCCUGUUAAGACCCCAUACCUGCCCCCAGUGUGGGAAGCAGUUUGUGUGGGGCUCCCACCUUGCCAGGCAUCAGCAGACACACACUGGAGAGAGGCCCUACAGCUGCCUCAAGUGUGAGAAGAGUUUUGGGCGAAGACAUCACCUCGUCAGGCACCAGAAAACCCACCUGCGCGACAGACCCAGCCGGUGCUCUGACUGUGGCAAGAAUUUCCGAUGCAGCGCGCAUUUGGCCAGCCACCAGAGGGUGCACGCGGAAGGCAAGUCCUGCAAGGGCCGAGAGGCCGGAGAGAGCGCGGGGGCUAGGCGGCGGCAGCACGCAGCGCCGGCGCCCAAGUGCCACGUGUGCACGGAGUGUGGGAGGAGCUUCGGCCGAAGGCACCACCUAGUGAGGCACUGGCUCACCCACACGGGGGAGAAGCCCUUCCAGUGCCCUCGGUGUGAGAAGAGCUUUGGCCGCAAGCAUCACCUGGACAGGCAUCUGUUGACCCACCAGGGACAAAGUCCCCGAAGCAGCUGGGACAGAGGGACAUCUGUCUUUUGAAAUACGUUUCUUCUACAGCUGUGAUUAAGUUUAUCAGCCGGUGCUACCAGCAGUCACUGCCAGAGCCGCGCCUCUCCUUGCAUCUCAGUGGCCAGAAUAGUGAACCCGGUCCUCGCCUAGAGAGAUGCUGUGGCAGCACUGGCAGGAGCGUUACUCAGCAGUUCUGUGAGAUAACACGCUCCAGCAGUGCUGUGUGCGCACAGAUUUGACGAACUGUGUGUGUGACGUGGGCCGAUACUGCAAGGGUACGAUGUUAGUAAUAGUUACAGCUGAGGUCAGUCUAGUUGGUUGGAGUCUAUGCCGUACCCAUUGUUAAAUAUUUUAGUACCAACCUUGCAAACUAAUUAUAUUCUCUCUAAAUAUGUGUAUGGAGAGAAAGACAAUUUUAUCAUAUUAAAGGCUCUGAAAACUUCGGCAGUAAACUAUUAAGUUUCUCUUAGUGAAAUAUGUCCUAAAUUUAUUUGACCUCAGCAUCCUAUUUUACAUCCCACAGAACUGGUGACUCCUUGAAGCACACUCUGGUGAACACUGAGUUACAAAGUAAUGAGAAAACAGUAAAGAGACAGUGAUCAUUCACUGGGGGGGGGGCCCCUUUAUGUUCCUGUGAAAGCCAAGGGGUCAGAUGUCAUCAUUCGUGUGUGGGUCCAUCACCAUACCUUAGUGUCCAUAUGUACAUCUGCUCUCAUCCCUACCUGCUGAAAAAGAUGAAGAAUGACCUUUCCAUUCCCCAUCCCACCCCGUUCUGCACAUCCUUAUACCCAGCUGAGAGAUUACGCUACAGUGCUGAAAGAUGGACCUACACCCCCGAGUAAUCCAGCCCUACACAGAAGAAAAGACUGACCGCUUGGACAGAGCCCGUCCUCUUGGCUGUGUUACGUGUCUGCGUCUCUGUGCGUAUGUGUGCAGGACCCUUGAAGAAAGCAUGCUAAGUGCAGAUUGUACGUGCUGGGUGUUCCGGGGGCUGCGUUCUGGGGAUGAGGGUAGUGGGGCUGUGUGGGGUUCUUUUGUUUUGUUUCAUGAUGGGAAGAAAUGGCAGUGGUGAAGGGUGCCUGAGUGGUUCAGUGGUAGGUGAAGUUGUGUAUACAGCUUUUCCCAGUACCAGUGAGAUCAGGACGCUGUAGAUGUGUACGUCUGUAUCUGAAUCUCUGGCUGCACGUUGUUUUACCUGGGAAGAGAGAGAGAGAAGUCUUUGUGCCGUGAGCUGUUCCUUGCUGACUUCAGGCAGGCGCGCGUAUGCGUGACGUUCGUGCCGAGCGGGGUAUGGUCUCGUCCUCAGUGCUGCAAAGUCAGCGAGGCAGCCACAGUGUGUGCCCGUUGUUGUCGUCGCUCCUGUUCGACUUGGAUCCCCUCAUCACGGGAGAAGUUAUUCUCAGAGAUCUCGUUCUCCCAGAAACAGAAUUCUAGGGGGAAAGCCUGCUGAGAUUUUCAGCAGAUGAGCUUUCUGGUUGGUUUUCCUCUAAAUCCUGGGAAAGUGUCCACACUAAAAACGCUCUUAUCUCUUAGGUGUCUGCGCUAAGACUCAUAUAAGAAUGCUAGCGUGUGUUCAGGAGUUGGUCGUUUCUCUCUGUUGAUGGUGGUGUUAGUGCCAGUCGGAUGACUUCAAGAUUGUCUUGUAUGUGUACGUGGCUUGGGUUAGAGAAGAAGACCAGCAAAGAGCAGGAGAGUGGGCUGUUUUCACUUUAACGCUUAGAUCCUGGUUUUUCUCCGAGAUCCUUGUUCCUCACCCAUAGUUGGUAGAAUUGGCCAGCGCGGCAAGAGGACGCAAGCUGCACAACCUAGCUUGGUGACCGUUCCGUGUGCUGAGGAGAAGCUGGGUGGGUCACAGCUCCUCAGGGCCCUGGGCUCAAAUGGAGUUGAAAAUAGGUUCACUUUGCUGACGGGGCUUCUUAAGACUUCAGCAGGCCUAGCUCCCCUCUGUCGCUGAGAGCAGCCUUCCCUCUUUGCCUGGAAUGUAAUUCUCUUGCUUAUGUUUCUUCCAGCAAAGGAAGAUGGCCAGCCCUGUGUAGACAGGCCCUUUCUGGGUCCUGAGAGGUGGGGGCAUUUUAGGAUCAGUAUUAGAAAAUGCUCAAGAAAAACAGGAAAAUACUGGGCUCUGGUGUUAAAGCUGGACCACGCCAUCUCUUUUACCCUCCCACUUUAAUACAGAUAUUUAAUACAAGUCAGCUCUACAUGCAGCUUUCUCUCGUGGAACCUGUUCUGGAUCACAUACCUGUUUGAGAAUCUGAUGGGAACCAGAAACCCAUGGUUGAGUAAAAUGGACAUUUUUGAUUCAGUCAGUAAACUGAAUUGAUUGUGUAUUUGUAUCAAGGAUUACAAGACAAAGGUCGCUAAAUGUCUUAAGGACUAAUAUCCAAGAGGCAUCAGGGUGUGAAGAUACAGUGUGGUCUUUAAGGACUAGAAGGAUGCUGCUUACAUGUUAUGUUUUUAAGGAAGAGCUGACAUGCUGGCAAACCCAUUUAACGUACUUUAAGAAUAUGCAGGGGGUGAUAUACCCGUGGUCAGGUACUCUUGAUGACGAUAUGUUAACCUCCAGAUUUUUAUGUUUUAGUAAUUGUGGAGAUGGAAAAUGACCUUCCUAAGUGUAAGUGCAGUUACAGCGCCCCGCGGAGAGGCAUCGUGGGGUCCGAGGGCCUUCUGCAGAAGGGGCAGUCCUUCGGGUCAUUUCUGGUGUACCAUUGUCUUCUCUACCUCGGUCCGACACCACAUUCUUUCGACAAAAAAAUAAAAUAAAGUAAAACAAGCAACA